AAAGAGCUAGUUCUGAAGAGAAAGACUUAGUUACGACUGUUAGAAGCUUGCUUAUAAAAUGCAGGGGCUUGGAUUACAAAGUCUUAAGAAAAAUCCUGCGUUGAUCCCGCUCUACGUUUGCGUGGCUGCAGGAGCAGUUGGAGCGGUUUAUUAUAUGGCUCGCCUAGCUACAAGGAAUCCGGAUGUCACUUGGAAUCGCUCAUCCAAUCCGGAGCCAUGGCAAGAAUAUAAAGACAAACAAUAUAAGUUCUAUUCACCCGUAAGAGAUUAUUCUAAAACAAAGAGUGCUGCUCCGACCUUUGACGAAUAAGAUUUUCAGAUGGAAAUUGUAUUAAAUUAAUUGUCAAAAUAAAUGCAUUAAUGUGCUGCUUAUUGUUCUAUAUGUAUGUAUUAUCGAUUUCUACUUUAAUGAUGGCCGUGUAGUUAUACGCACACACAUACAUAUAUGCCUUAACUUAACCAAGACUUCAUCAUAGUAAAAGAGAAUUGUCGAUGGCUUGUA